GCGCACCUAGCUAACUAGCUGUGUAGCAUCUAAACAGCUAAAGAUGUCUCAGUUCACUUACAGCAGACUGUCUCAUUUUCUGAGAAUAUCCGCUAAUAAAUUCUCAGUUUUACGAACAGGGACAGAAAUAAAACCGGGACCUGCAUGUUGUGUGCAGUUCACUCGCUGCCAGCGGUCGGUGGACAGUAAGGCGUUACAGGAGAGGCAGAAGCAGCAGAUGGCCAAAGGUCUCCCCAGACAGAAGCCCAUCACGGGUGUCAAACAGGUCAUCGUGGUGGCUUCGGGGAAAGGCGGCGUGGGGAAGUCCACCACAGCAGUGAAUUUGGCUCUUGGAUUGAUAGCCAAUGACCCGUUAAAGUCCGUGGGUCUGUUGGACGCAGACGUUUACGGUCCAUCCAUUCCCAAACUGAUGAACCUGAAAGGAAACCCAGAGCUCAAUGACAACAAUCUGAUGCUCCCUCUCACAAACUACGGGGUUCCUUGCAUGUCGAUGGGCUUCCUGGUGGACGAUGUGGCUCCGAUCGUUUGGAGGGGUCUGAUGGUGAUGUCAGCGAUAGAGAAACUACUCAGACAGGUGGACUGGGGGUUUUUGGACUAUCUUGUAGUCGACAUGCCUCCUGGGACAGGAGACGUCCAACUGUCAAUCUCCCAGAACAUCCCAGUAGCAGGUGCAGUCAUCGUAUCAACGCCACAGGACAUCGCCCUGCUGGACGCCCGCAGAGGAGCCGAGAUGUUCAAGAAAGUUAACGUGCCGGUUCUGGGUCUGGUGCAGAACAUGAGCGUCUUCCAGUGUCCCAACUGCAACCACCAGACGCACAUCUUCGGCUCUGACGGGGCCCGACAGCUCGCUGACACUCUGGGAGUCAAAUUAUUAGGUGACGUUCCUCUUCAUCUAAACAUCAGAGAGAUGUCAGACAGAGGACAGCCGGUGGUCGUCUCUUCUCCGGACAGCCCAGAGGCGGAGGCAUACAGGAAGGUGGCGGCCGCUGUGGUGCAGAGACUGGAGGAAGUGAACAGCUGAUGUUGACGUAAACUGGGAGCGCACAUGACGACACUCCAUGACAGACACCUGCAAAAUGAACAACAUGCAUGUGACAUACACACACACACACACACACACACACACACACACACGUAAACACA